AUGCCUACUUCCAACAACUCCCUCGAAUUUGUUAUGGACAAGCACUGUGAAAUGGUCAGUCACAGCGGUUCUGCAGACCAAACCCAGUUUUCUGGAAUUGCUUUUGACCCCUUGUGCGAUUUCAACCAAGAGAUUGUCAACAAAAUGCAUGGAGAAGUUGUACUCCAAUCUGUGACAGAUGUCUUUGUCAACCAUGCCAAUAUGGAAUGGACCCGUACCUUGGCCAGAAACCCAGCAGUCACGAACCUCUUAAGUCUCAGAAGUUUUUUGCCAACUGAAGUCAACGAGGCCAUCACCAAAACCAUUGUUGCACAGAAGCCAAAGACAAAUCUGCUGGAGAAGGUCGACCCUGACUCUGCUCCCAUUGUAGAAAGCAUAGGUCGAGGUUCGUACCAAAAGUACAACCAAAACCAGGUGAACAAGCUCUUCUCCUUGGUUUUCUUGGAAAACCAGACUGCUGCUGCCACUGUCAGGGAAACGGAGAUCAAUGUCUGGACUGCCCAGAACUAUGUCAGGCUGACCAGAGAGAAGAUCCAGACCAAUUUUGAUGUUGCCACAGUGGAGACUGAUGAGUCCAAUGGGCUGGAGACGAUGGAGUUUUUCGAAAAUAAACCAGAUGCUACUUUGGAACAAGCAAGGAUAGCUGUUAUGGAAGAGUUCUCUGGGCUGCAGAUUACCAAAUUAGCAAUCCAGAAGCACUUAGUGAAGAAGUGUGCCCUGACAAUGAAGAAGUUGAAGAAGCUGCCUGAGAAGAGAGACAACGUCAGCACAAUUGAGAUGAGACAAGACCGCAUUUUGGAGUGGCAACAACUUGUGGAUUUCAACUAUCUGUCAAACUGUGUGUUUAUUGAUGAAGCAGGCUUCAACAUGCACAUUAAGAGAACUUUUGGCUGUUCUGUCAGUGGCACCCCAGCCAAGACAACUGUCCUGACACAGAGAGAUGUGUCCAUCACCAUCCUUGGUGCAAUGUUCACAACUAAGAAGAAGAGAAAGUUAGACAUCUACACCAACGUUGAGGUGAAUGGCCAAAUUGGUACCAGGACCCAGCAGUACCUUGACUUUCUUAGUCAUACAAUGGAUGUUCUGGACAGUCAUGGUAUGCAAGGAUGUUAUCUCAGCAUGGAUAAUGCUUCUAUCUAUAAGACUGAUGAGGUGAAAGACUUUAUUUCUUCCCGUGGGUACAAGUGUAUAUAUCUUUCUGUGUAUUCACCUUUCCUGAUUCCAAUGGAGGAAAUGUGGUCCAAGAUCAAGUUUGGUAUCCGCAGAGAAGAGAUUACAGAGUCAGAUGAGCUCAUCUUAAGGAUUACAGAAUCAGCUAAGACUGUCACCCUUUUGGACUGUUUGGGUUGGAUUAACCAUGUCAUUUCAAUCUUUUCUUGCUGUUUGAACAGAGAGCGAAAGCUUUAA